CACGUGCACGUGAAACAUUUUUCUCUAUUUUCAUUGCWUGGGCUUCCUGUGUCCCUGUUGUCAAGAGAGAACAAACAAAGAUGGCGAUGGAUACGCGAAUAUGUUCAGGAACACGGUUGAUAUGUCUUAACCUGUGGAUAGCCCUAGUGUUAUUUUAUUUCGUGUUUUAUAUGUUCGCCUCAAUACUGGUUGGUGCCUUCAAGAUCCAAACAUUUGAUGGGAAAAUUCCAUUUGAUUUCAAAAACUGUUGUAUAGAAAAUAACAAAAAUAUAGUCAAUCUUCUAGCACUGGUAUUAACAUACAUGACAUGUACUGGGAUAUUUCUAAUAUUCAUACGGCAGAGGAUAUGGGAUUAUGCCAUUACUAUAUCCCUUAUACAUGUUGGUAUCACUUGUGCAGUGAUGCAAGAUUUCCCCCUCAAUUGGCAUUGGUGGCUUGCAUUUGGCCUGUCUUUAUUACUGAUGAUUAUAUUGGGUCAAGUAGCUCUGACUUGGUGCUGUAAAGAWAAACCAGUGACAGAGAGAGUGAUGUCAAGAAGCAACCUGGUUGCAUAGAAAUAUUUCACUAAUUAUUUUCUACUCUCAUUCUGACUUGAAUCUCAUGGACAGGUAGAUCCUGCCCAGGUCAGUUACUUUAAAUGAAAAGAAGGAGUAUUCAAAUAUAAAGGCAUUCAUUUGACAAUAUUUUACCUGAAAAUAGUAAUAAGAUAGUGGAUCUCUGACUGACUCAGAUAUCUUCCAUGUCCAAAAUGUAAUAUAAGAUUUUUUAAACAAAUUUCGACUGUUAUUUAAAUUGUUUAACAUGAACAUACUGUCACCUUUAGGAUAAUGUGUAAAAAAUCUUGUUGGCACUAAUUACCACUGUAAGUACAACAGUAGCGCAUCUGAACGGGGUUGAAUUAAAAGCAUGUGAAGGCAUCUUUGGCCGCUGCUAUACAGUCCAUGUAUGAUUCUGUCCAUGUAAUGUAAGCUUAUCAGAUAACCCCUUAGUUUACAUGAUUUGUUCUAUGGAAUAAGGAUUGCUUAACACUUGGUUUGCUUACUGGCAUAUUCUUUCAAGUACAUAAAUUAUGGAUGUUCCCUAGUUACUUUCUACUCAACAUAAACCCCUUACAACAACAACAACAACAAUUUUAUUGUGCUCCUGAAGUGACGUUACAAUUAUAUGUGGUAUUUAAUAGAAUGUUAUUUUGCAGUUGAUGAGAGCACAGACAUUUAGAAAUAGCUUAAGCUAGUUGAGCUAAAUGUCUGGGCAUGUCCUCGCAUAUGAAUCAAAGCAGCUCAAUUUGGAGGACAAAAUGAAAUAAUUUCAAUCUCAAGAGGAAUGGAAACCUAUUGUUGUCCUCAAUAUUGAGCUGCAUUUUAAUGUGCUGCAAAGGGUCUAUUUCCAUAAUCCAUCAAUCCCUGCUUUUCUUGAGUGACCACCAAAUAAAUCAUGGUUAGUUUUUCCAAUGGAAUAUAUUAGAAAUUCCAACAAACAUACU